GAAGCUGAGUCGAGCCUGUAAAUCCACGAUGAGCCGGCUCUGCUGCGGACAACAAGUGUCGAGAGAGAGAGACGGGGAGAGGGCGAGGGAGGAUAAAACGAGGUUACUCUAUAACAGAGAGAGGGAGUGACGGGACGACGGAGAGAGAGAGAGGGAGCGGGAAAGGAGGUUACCACGGCAACACAAGGGACGUCGCUGCAGCGGUGAAGACACACAGGUUGAAGUGAUGAUGAGCUGAUGGAGGACAGACCUGGUAGUCCAGUUCCUCUUCUGACCCUCAUCAAAGAGUUUGGCACUUUACUGGGUACCAGGAGGUCAAAGGGAUUCUUCGCUCAAAUAGUGAAGGUCCCCUGAAAAAGGAAAAUAAGGACAUUUAGGUGCCAACAUGUCACAGGCAGGUAAAGUCCUCCAUCUGUACGUUGAGGUGAGGUCUGUUGCUGAGGAGGAAGGGAAGGUGCCUGGAAGAAGAGAUGAUGGGACCGGUCACCUGAUGCUUCAGUGCCCAGAUGUCCUCCCUCACUCCCAGCGAAGCUCCACCUGCUCCAGCCCCAACCGCAGUCCGGACCUUUCUCCAGUCUCUCAGCACCGAACUGGGGUUGGAAGCCACAGCUUAUCCCCCUCAAAGUCCUCCUCUAGGCACUCAGUUAGCUUCCAACUCCAAAACCCUGAUGCUACAGGGUCACCCACCCAGAUCCACCAGAAGGAUGUGUUGUAUGACAGUUUUGGUCAAAUACUCCAAGUCCUAGCGCCUGGAACAACCAGUUCAGGCCAGCAUGGCUCACUUGGACACACCCGUUCCUCUGACAUGGAUCCCUACCGGGGAAGAGUGCCUAUCUCCCCAACUUUCAGAUCCUCUGGAAGGCUGAAUGUACCCUCCACACCCACCAGCAACCGCAGGUCCUAUGAGAUCCCAGGGAUUGGGAAUGAGGAGGGGAAGACAUCUGUGGUGACCUUUGGCUACAUAGAGAAAGCUAACGUUCACAGCAUGGGGGGGCGCCGUAUGUCUGCAUGCCAUAGUGAGUUGGACAAUCCCCUUAACAGAAUGGAGGGACAUCUGAUGCCUGCUCAUCUCCGGAAGAGGUUGAGUGAUCCAGUGUGGUACAAUGGUCAGCCAGGACAUAGCGAUCCUCACCCUCAUCCCUACCCGUCUCACAAUCAGUCCCCACAGGGCUCGCCUUACAUGCAGAGGGCUGUCAUGGACACAGUUGCCAGAGAUGCCACCUACAGGGCCUUGGAGGAGUUUGGUUCCCAAGAACUCAGGCGCAGAUUUACUGGUCACACCCCAGAGAAUUGCAGCCCGACCCUUCCACGGCACUAUCAGUACCCUCGCUGCCGGUCCUGGGCGGGGUCACCUGUCCUGCCCCGCAGCACCCGCACCCUCCCAUCCAAGGCCCAACUUCUGGAGCUAGACAGGGGAGUCUGCCGUGGUUCAGUGAAUGGACUUCCUAGAAGUCCUGCCUCUGACCACCUGUGUGGCCACACUGGGUAUUCCUCCCACUCAGUGGCUCCAACCUCAACUCUUCGUUCUCAUGGCCUGCCCCAAAGCCAACAGAGGCCAUGGGUGGGGGACGAGAGCCCCAGGUUGUCCAGCAAAUUCCACCCACCUUUACCUGCGGGGAGACCCACAGACAUCCAGCAUGAGAUCCCAAAUGGCAUAUUCCCCACCAGCAACCAUUCCAGGACUGGCUACCACCCUAGUAGGAACCCCCAACACAGUGCUAACUAUAGUGCUAACAUCACCAAAACCAGUCCUAAUGCUAUGGAUAGUAUACAAAUCAGUGCUAAUGAUAACUCCAACUUAUCCAGCAAGACUCAAUACAAAUCAUCACGCUGCAGUAGCAGAGCCAGUGAGGCAGCCAGCCCUACCAAUGGCAGGAGAAGUGUCUCCCCAUCCUCAAAUGCUGAAAUCGCUUGUAAGUUAGCUGUAGAGGCUGCCAAACUGUCAAGCAUCUUUGCAGACAGACGAUCUCCCUCUCCAACACCUUCUCAAGCUGAAUCUCUGAGGUCGGAGAGUCCCAAGAUAGGAGGGUCGUUCCUGAGAGAAUCCCAACCUUAUGCCACACUUCAUGGGCAAAGCUCCCCUGAGGCUUUUCAGGCCGACAAGCAAAACCACGUAUGGAAAACAGACAAAGCAAUACCUCAAACCAGAGCAGGACGUGUCUCACCUCUCUUACCCCAGAAAGGCCUGUCUUCACCAGCAUCCCCAGCCUUGCCAGCUAGGUUGCACCAUGCAGCAACCUCUCUAUCACCAGUCUUGGAUCCACGGCAACAACAGGGUUCAUCAGACACUAAGGAGAUGUCUAUCCUGCACCGCUAUCAGCCGCCACAGUACACUGGAGACCGCAAAUCACCUGGCAUGGAGCUAAGGCAGUAUGAUCAUCUCUUUGAUAGAUCACCUAGGGACAGCCCUGAACUCUCUAAGAGACUUCUCUCCAGCCAAAACACAGAAGCAUUGCCCGUGAGCUGGACCUCCAGGCACCACGAGUGGAGGGAGGCUGGAACGAUCCAGCAUAGGGACGAACUCUGUGAGGAAAAUUACAGACAGUCAGACUCUAGAGUUUACACUCCAAGCAAAGAGGAGUUUCACAAGAAGGUCGGAGGAGACAAAGAAAUAAAGAUGUCAGUGCAGGGUUACCAGAUGCCAGUUACAAGCGUGUCCAAGGAUCAGAGAGAGGAGAUUCAAGAUCACAGUGGAGGUGCAGGGACAUCAUCUCAAAGCUCCAGUGGUGUAACGGGCAGCAUGGGAGACAGUUCCCAGCUGGAUAGAAACGACAGUCUGUCCCCUGAAACCUCGAGCCAGUCCAGCCACGAUACAGCAGACACCGGCUCAGGGAUGCAGUCGGAUGGCGGCUCAGUGACGACUCCGUCCUCGCGAUCGCAGAAGAUCGCCCAAGCCAAGUGGGAGUUCCUGUUUGGAGGGCAGACGAAGGAGAGUCGCUGCAGUAAAGACUUUCUGUCCACGACGCCUCCGACCAGCAGCUCGCCCAGCCCCACCCCUCCCUCCUCCCUCCAUCUCAAACCGACCAAUCAGAGGAGGGGGCGGGAUAGCAAGGGUCAGAAGUUGCCGCAUCACGAGGUGCGGCAGAUCGAGGUGGAACUGGUGACCCACGACCCCCGAGGCUCCACCCCCAAGACCGGCAUCAUCCGCCAGACCAUCAAAUACUCUGAGACGGAUCUGGACGCUGUGCCGCUGCGGUGCUACCGGGAGACCGACCUGGACGAGGUGAUGCGGGCGGAGGCCGAGGCGGCCGAGGAGGCGGAUUCGGCCUUCGGGAGCAACCGCAGCGUCCUGGGAAACUCCAGCUUCAGCCCCGCCGACACCUCCCCAAAACCCCGAAUAGGUGGGGGGAAGGAGGACCAGGAGGAAGAGGAGGAUGAAGAGGAGGAGGAGGGGGAAGGAGUGGUGAGCUGGGCCAGUGUCCGGAUGCUGGGAGAUAGACAGAGACAGAGAGCCACCAAGGAGGAGGACGAGGUGUUCAGUCUGCUGCUGAAGGGGCCGUUGGAGGUGUCGUCAAACACACACGACGGCCUCAAGUCUCCGAUCUCCAUCGACAGCCCUCGCCGUCCCUCCGACAGCAACCUCGACUCCUUUAGCCGCCAUUUUGAAAGCAUCAUGGAGUCUCACCGGGCCAAAGGCACCUCAUACAGCAGCCUGGACAGCGUCGACCUUCUGACCUCCGGAUCCACGUCUGUGUUCACCUUCGACCUGCCCACCCUCACCCCGGAGAUCCAGAGUCAGAUCUGCGAGAGCGCCAAGCAGAUCAUCGAGCUGAGUUUUGCCCCGUUGGCCCACCCGGACCCGUCCGCCCCCUCGGAGACGUCCCGCUCCGAAAUCACCCUCAGUGCCUCGGGGGCGGGGCUCCGAGGCGGCUCCAAAGACGACUCCGGACCUCCGGUUCGAUCCCGGUCGCAGAAGGAGUCGUGGCGUCGCCCCGUCCCCAAAGACGGGUUCCGUAAGGCGAGCUCGGCCCCGUCGCUCCACAGCAGCCCCAGGGAGCGCCCGGGUAACCGCCCUCCCGAGCUGCUCUACCCGCAGGCUGACGUGGCGGAGCGCCUGGCGCUCGGCGGUAGCGACGACGCUCUGGCCAACGGCACCAAGGCCGACCUGCAGGCGGCCAAACGUCUCGCCAAACGCCUCUACAACCUGGACGGCUUCAGGAAGUCGGACGUGGCUCGACACCUCGGGAAGAACAACGAGUUCAGCCAGAUGGUCGCUGAGGAAUAUCUCAGUAACUUUAACUUCAGCGGUCUGACCAUCGACCAGGCUCUCAGGAUGUUUCUGAGGCAGUUCGCUCUGAUGGGAGAAACUCAGGAGAGAGAGAGAGUCCUCGCCCAGUUCUCCAGGAGAUACAGACAGAGCAACCCCGAGAGUGAGACAACUGAAGGUACCUGUCUGUCUGUCUGUGUCUGUAACCCCGAGAGUGAGACAACUGAAGACAGCAUCCACACUCUGACCUGUGCUGUGAUGUUGUUGAACACGGACCUUCAUGGAAACAACGUGGGGAAGAGGAUGUCCUGCAGUCAGUUUAUCUCCAACCUGGAAGGUCUCAACGAUGGAAAAGACUUCCCCAAAGAUGUGCUGAAGACGCUCUACAGCUCCAUCAAGAACGAGAAGCUUCAGUGGACCAUCGAUGAGGAGGAGUUGAGGAAGUCCAUGUCGGAGCUGGCGGACGUUCGAACAGAUUCCGCCUCCCACACCAUGAAACGACUGGGGAGUGGAGGGAACCCGCUGGUGGGCGUCGCCCAGCAGGCCGAUGGCGAGCUCUACAAGAGUGGCUUCCUGGUCCGUAAAGUCCACGCUGACCCCGACGGAAAGAGAACUCCACGGGGGAAGAGGGGUUGGAAGUCUUUCUACGCCAUGUUGAAGGGUCUGGUGCUCUACCUGCAGAAGGACGAGUACCGUGCAGAGCGAGAGCUGUCGGAGGACGACGUGAAGAACGCCGUGUCCAUCCAUCACUCUCUGGCCAUGAGAGCCGCCGAUUACAGCAAGAGACCCAACGUGUUCUACCUGAGGACGGCCGACUGGAGAGUCUUCCUGUUCCAGGCUCCGAAUGCAGAACAUAUGCAGUCGUGGAUCACGCGGAUCAACGUGGUGGCGGCCAUGUUUUCGGCUCCACCGUUCCCGGCAGCCAUCGGCUCCCAGAAGAGAUUCAGCCGUCCUCUGCUGCCGGGGUCCAACACCAAACUCUCCCAGGAAGAGCAGGUCAAAUCUCAUGAGAACCGGUUUAGGGCGGUUUCCUCAGAGCUGGCCGAACUCACGGCCUCCACGCCGGACCGGAAGGUCAAAGGUCGCGAGCUGGAGGAGCAGAAACUCCGACAAGAAUACCUGGAGUUCGAGAAAACCCGGUACGGUACAUACGCCAUGCUGCUUCGGGCCAAGCUGUCGAGCGGAGACGAGGACCUGUCAGCCUUUGAGUCGCGGCUGUUUGACGAUGGCGGCCUGCAGAGGGCGCACUCCAGCCCCACGCUGCCUCAGGACACCGCUGGCAAGGAGAAGACCCGCGGAACCAAGACGUCAAAAAGCUUAAAGGUCACGUCCUCUUCGUCCUCGACCUCCAAGACCAGCGACAGCGCCAGAGAGGGAAGCAAGAAGAAGAAUGGUGGCGGGAACAACCAGCGGCCGGAGCUGCAGAAACAGAGCAGCAAACAGGAAGAGGCGCCGUAAGGUGGCGGGAAUCAGGUUUUCUAUAAAGCGUGUAGCUGGAAACGGACAUGAAGCAUCAUGGGCAGCAGGCUGACAUCCUCCUUUUAAACCUUUUCUGUUAAACCUCAGUCAGAUUGUAAUUGGCCGAGGGGAUAUUCCUCCAGAGCCGAGAUAAGACGUUCAAGGUCGGUGGGAAAGGAAAUGCUCUUUAGGAAGGAGGACGACCGAACGACCGAGUGGUGCUUUUUCCACAAGACGAAACAUUCAGGAAACACUAAUAAGGUUUGAAAAGUGAAAACCACCAAUCAGCUGUCAGCAUUUGUUUCUCGUCCAGUAAAAACAGCUGGUGAGUUUCAGAGUAAAAGCUUUAUUUCCUGUCAAAUCUAUUCUUAAUUUCAGGGACUUUCUGAAAGCAGUUUUUGUUAAAGUGACUCUUAAAUAUUAGUAAUCAUUCAGUCUGGCUCUGGAUCUGGAUCUGGAUCAGGUUUUGUCAGACAGAAAACAGUUUGUAGGUACUUUUAUUUUUCUCCUCUCAGAGUGACAAACACUGACCUCCUGCGCCGCCGUCGCUCUGCUUCUCCUAGCAACAAACGGGGGAGCAGGUUGCUAUGCCGACCACAUAUGACGGACAGAGAGCGUGGGAUUGUUGCUACAGCAACCGAGCAAAUGGGGGAGGGGGGAGUGGAGGGGUGAGACUCUGGAGUCAGGACUCCCCCGGCCAAACAAACAAACAAACAAACAAACACACAGACAGACAGACAGACAGACAGACCAACAGACAGACCAACAGACAGAGGCUGUGAUGACGAAUGGGAACACAAUACCUCCUCCGCACUGUGUGUGUGUGUGUGUGUGUGUGUGUGUGUGUGUGUGUGUGUGUGUGUGUGUGUGUGUGUGUGUGUGUGUGUGUGUGUGUGUGUGAAUACAAACCGAACAUGCUGGAUGGAGGCUGAUCAAAGAGUCACUGCAGUUUGUUUUAUUCAUAUUGUUUUCCUCACCGAGCUCUGCUGGAGCCAACAGGCUGUAUGGAGGAUCAUUAGUGACGGAGAAUUACUGACUGAGCACAAAACAAAACUAAUUGAAUUGAAUCUAAAAGCCGAGGAGAGGGUUGGAUAUCUUCCAGCUGUUACUGGUGCCGGUUCUUACUGCCUAAAGAGAGCUGAAGUGAAACCAGAACUUCCUUCAAACUCCCACUGGCAUUUUUAACAAUAACUCAAAACAGUGGCUGUUUAAUGUUGUUGUUUAUUAACAAUCUGUUGCUUUUAACAAACAGCAUUUCCCAUCAGCCCACAGACCUUUUGAAAGGUUAAUAUCACGACUCGACAAAUGAGCGAGUGUCUGUGGUUAGUUCACUGUCUGUAAUAAUAAUUAUUAAUUAAAUAAUAAUAAUUAUUGUUGUUAUCAUUAUUAUUAAUAUUAUUAAUAAUAUUAUUAUAUGAAUUAUUGUGCAGAGAAAAAAAGAGCAGCACCUCAGGUGGAGACUGGUCUCAAAGUCCACAAGAAUUCUAUUUUUUUUUUAUAUAUCGAUGAAUAAAAUCAACAAAAAGACUAAUUAUGUAUAUCGAGAUAAUAAUAAUAAAUAAUUAAAUACAUUAAAAUGGCAGAUUUCCAAAGUGUAUCUGAUUAUACACCAAAAUAAACCAGUGACUUGAAAAUAAUUAUCCUUGUGUUUGAAAAGUGAAACAAAAGUGAAUUUUGUGCCCGCUCAGUAGUUUUGUCAUUAAUGAACUUCCAUAGUAUUUCUCUGUUGAAACUGAUGCUGGAAACUGAGUCAUGUUUGAAUCCGUCCACUUAAUGUUGAUCAGUGUAAAUUUCUUCUUCCUCUCUAGUUUCUGUAUCUUCUGUUUGUUGGUUUAUUGGUGCGGUGAAACAAACUGAUGAAUCUCCUGAUCACUUUCACUGUCAGUCACCACAAGGGGUUUCUGGGUAAUGAAGUCCUCCACAUGCAGUUACCUCCUGCUGCCACCGGUGGUCACCAGAAUGUGAAGUAGAGUAGAAAUACAAGUGCAUUCAAGGGAAGUAAAAGUACAAAAGUAUCAGCAUUAAAAUGUAUUAAAGUGCCAAAAGUGUUCAGUAUGCAGAAUUAUAUUAUAUUAUUGGAUUAUAAUUAUUGAUGCAUUAAUUAGUUUAAAGUUACAGCUGUGUAAUUAAUGACUUUACAUACUGCUGGAUAUAUUCAUCUAUAAUAAUACAUAGUUUAUUAGUUGAUAUGUUGUAUCAAGAAUCUGUUAAUGGAAAGUUAAUAAUUAAUUAAUUAAUGUCAGAUAAAUGUAGUGGAGUAUAAAUUAACCAUUUUAAAUUGAAAUACUAGUAGUACCAUAGAUUUAUGGUCAUGAUAAAAACUCUACUUGGCAGUACAGUGGCCAUAAAAUCAAUCCUGAUUUACUUUUUUAAAGCCAUAUUAAAAAGUAAAUAUUAAAUAUAAUUAAACCUGUAAAGUGAAGAAAAGUCAACUGAACCAACCUUUGAAUAAUUACAUUCACUCAUUGAGUUUCAGAGGUCUCUUCCUCUCCAGAACAUAGAAAACAGUGUUGGUGUGAAACGGAUUCCUGAACCGAUGUAGUGACAGGAAACGGUCACCAGGUGGCAGCAGAGAGAAGCUGUUUGUUGCCUCUUCAGGACUCUGAGGAGGUUUGAUUGUUUCCAGAAGUGACUCCAACAACAAAAACUGUUCUAUGAUCAGUUCCUCUUCAGUUUAAUUGACAGGUUUGUGAUCAGGAACACUAAAAGCUGGAACCUUCUUAAACAAUAAUCAGUGUUUCCAGAUUCCCCCAAAACACUGACGGAAAACUUGAAGAUUUGGGAGGAAAGAAGGACUUUUUUCAGAUUUGAUGUUUGAUUUUUGAUGAGAACAGGGAGAAGUUGUUCAGCUGGGAGCGUCCACACAGAGAUCAGUGGUGUGAUUUGUGAAGGAUUACAAACAGUGAAGCUGCUGUUAAAAACCUGUUGCAGCGAUUGUCCUCCAGGAAUUAGUCCCGUACAGCUCUCACAGGAAUAAACAGAGAGAAGAUUUUCUCUUUGGACCGUUUGUGGACCGCUGUGACUGUAAAGACACUUAAAAUGUCACCACAGAGGACUUCAGAAACCACAGAUUUCAAAGGUACUGACAGUUUUAACUUCGUGGUCAGAAGACGUCGUUUUCCUGAGAUUAAAUUCAGAAAUCCGUUUCUCGACACGCCGCGUGAUAACCGCAAUCCAUUCUGGUGGGUCGGCCUGUGGAUCUGCAGUAAUCUGGUGAUACGAUAAGUAUCAGGAUAUCGAGGUUACAGUCAAGACACUAUACAGCGAUCAUUGACAUAUAGAAAGACUGACGAUAUGAGAACUCUGCAACACUAAAGCCAAACGCUCUCUGUCUCCCCCUGGUGGCUGACUGCAGUAUAGCUCAUAAAGCCUCCAUAUAAGCAGAUGGAAGAUGGAAGCUGCUUGAGUCAGCAGGGCGUGUAGGUGAGACCUCAUAUGACGGAGACGUCCAUCUUUUAUAUGUCUACGAUUGAUUGCGAUACCGUAAGCGAGGCAAAGCCAAGCGUAGGGUUAUACAGAUGUGGUUGUGUUUGGCCUUAAGAGGGAAAACACUUAAGUUUAUUCAAUGUCACCAAAAAACUUUUGCAAUAUGAUAUUUUUUUUAUAUUUUCUUAUUGCAGGCGGAUAUGAGUUAAGUCCCCGAACCUGCAGUGUAUUUUUUUGACCGUCCACUCCCAGAUUUGUGUUGGGUCUUUGAUCCCAAACCCAAUUCAGUCCCCUACUUCAGACUAAAGUUGAUAAGAUAUCAGUAUCGGAAAUUCCUCCGAUACAGUCUAAAUACAGCAUCUGUAAGUCUGAGUCAUUUAUUAGCCCCAAAUCGGGACCCGGUUACUUCCCAACAGCAUCCACUAGUUUUUCCCUCUGAAUCUUCUCUGACAGGGUUUUACUCGACCCAAGCCGUAUACAAACGAUAUAAUCAUACAGGCUCAGUCUUGUAUGCUAGUUAAUAAUUAUGUAUUUGUAUUUUAACAGACUUAUUUCAGAUCGGUACUCGGUAUCGUCGGUACGUAAAGUUCGCGUAUCAGAAUCGUAAUCAGAAAGGAAAAAAUGAUAUUGGAACAUUUGCGUUGGAUCCCAAUGAAGUCCUUUAGUUCAGACCCAGAACACACUGUAUAGACUGCAUAUCCCAUCAGGCCUUGCACUGCUUCAAGAUCCCUCAGAAAGAAGUCUCUGAGGAGCAUGAAGCUUUCUGUUCUCAGCUCUGUUGGACAGUUGCAUGAAGUCGCUCAACAACGUGUUCACAUUCAUCGUCUUUCUUCUUCGCGUCCUGUUAUCUCGUAGAUCAGCUCGUCCUCCAUUUUGUUCAGGAAGGUAGUUGAGACGACUCGAUCGAAACCAGCUGACUGGUUGCAUCACAAAUCUGAACCUCUUUCACUUCCCCGACGUCGGGCUGCUGGAGGACGUUCCAGUGUUUGCGUCUCCGGCGAGUGAGAGUCCGCGGUUCCACAAGUACCUUUGAAAUCAGGACCGGACUUUGUUGCAUAAAGAGCUCUGUGGUUGAUUUAACAGCAGUGAAGAUCUGACAACAUCCGUCCUUCAGCCUCUUUUCUUCGUCUGCUGGUUGACGCUAACAGACGGCAGGGUUCAGAUCCUCCCGCUGUGCUGUUCGACCCCCGCAGGGUCCUAUUUACUCCCUCAAAUAUCCAGUAACACUUGUGUAUUUCGGGUGUAUUUGUCGCACUGUGCAAUGUAAAGCAGCAUAGGAUGAAUUUGUCUAAAAGUCAUGGCCGCUUUCAGCUCUUCGUCUGUGUCCGAAACUUGUAAAUAAACAUUGAGAAGCCAUAUUGUAGUUGGGCUGAACGCCUAGCUAGCGCUCGCUGCGGUUUUAGGGCACUUUGAUUUAGAUAUUUUAGAGUGAAAGCAGUUAAACCUCCUCUGAGGAGUUUGAAUCCACCAGUUUAUUUAUUCUGUUCAUCAAAGGCUGGAUUUAGUUUCUGUGAAAGUUUUUUUUUGUUUUGUUUCUUUCGGCUUCGCUGCGGCCCGAAUGUCGGCUGCCGGCCCGCCGAUCGAUAGCUGUACAUACUGUCCACUUCCUGUGAGGUCGUAGUGAAACAUGUUUUGAAGGCUUAGAGGCAAAAAUAAAAACAUUUUGAAAAGAAAA